CAGCGCCUGGCCUCGGCUGCCCCCAGGGGCCGCGCCGGGACAGGGGGGUGCCGGGCUCCCCCCCCCCCCCCCGGAGCCCCCGUGUGGACGCCAGGGCGAGGCCGAGGCUCGGGGGGCAGGGGGGCAGCGGGGGCAGACAAAGCCCGGCGCGGGACGCGGCGCUCGGGGGGUGCCGGGGCGUGAGGCGCCGAGCUGGGCUGGGGGCGUGAUGCUGGCUUCGUAGGGAACAGCGAGGAGAGGCAGCGGGCAGGGAACAAAGUGGGGAACGAGCGGCAGCGCUGGGGAGCGCGGGGAGAGGUGCUAGACCUCGCCUCGCGUCCCGACUGGCCGAGGAGCAACCCAGAGCCUCGUCCUGCAGAGGAGCAUCAGCACCGGCAUGGAGAGCAGCGGCUUGCCCCGGGCUGGGGCAGCUCCUCGCCUCGGCGGCUCGGGGCAGAGGAGCACGGGAGGCUGUGCCCAGCCAGGCUCGUCUCGCUCAGCCCUGCUGCGGGUGACUGUCGCUCUCCUGUCAAAACAGAGUUGGAGGAAGCGGGGGAGACGGCUCUGCCAGUUCUGAGGGGUUCCAGGAACGGUUUUGUUUUCCUCGUGAUCAUUGCUUGUGAGAGGAGUGGUUCGCACCUCAUGGCCUCCACAAUGAGUACUGCUGUGUCGUGACGCCAGGGGUCUCGUGUGCCCUGGAGAUGCGAGACUUCCCCUGGGCAGCAGGAGGCACGCGUCUAGAGAAUGCUGGAGCUGCAGGAGGGAAGCGCCCCGUGCAAAACCAGAGAGGAGCAAAGAGAAAAAAGGCAAGCAGACAGACAGCGCUGAGAGAAGCGGGUGGCAGAAAGUGCUUCAGAGCUGCCUCUGGUGGCACAGUCCCCAGAGGAACUUGACGAGAGCCCAUCUGCCUGCGUGUGAGACUGUGAGCUCAGGAUUUCUGUCAAUGCAUUCCAGUAACCCCAAAGUGAGGAACUCCCCGUCAGGCAACACACAGAGGGGUAGUUGGGCAGCAGAAGGUCUCUGUCUGUACUUCCACACAAAAUGCUUCCCUCCCGCUGUGUGCCGAAGCAGCCUGGAGAACUGAUCAGCCGUGCCCCGAGAUCCUCCAGACCGUUCACCUGCCAGUGCAGCGGGUCAGCAUCUCUCCUCCGCUAAGCUGGAAGGGGAAAAAUCUGGAAGUGAAAAGCGUCCGGGGACUCGCAGUGGUCUGACUGACAGCAUUCUCCGGUUCGAUUAUUUACUCCUAGAGGUCACCAGGAGCUGGGAGUGACUCAGAGGGAAUGCCUCUGAGGCAGAUGCCUGUCCAAAGGAGGAGCUGGCACGCGCCAGUCCCACAGCGAGGAUGCUAGCGAGCACUGCCUGCCGGAAGCAGUGGUGAUGGGAAACCAAAAUGCAGGAGAUCCGGUAGCAAUGGAGUGACUGGAUGCUGAGGAGGACAGGAUGCCUGAUUAGCCCCAAAUCAAAGCAGGAGGUGAUGGUCCGUCCCCCUACAGUGAUGUCCCCGUCUGGCAACCCCCAGCUGGAUUCCAAAUUUUCCAACCAGGGCAAACAAGGGGGCUCCACCAGCCAAUCCCAGCCCUCUCCCUGUGACCCCAAAAGUGGAGGUCACCCCCCCAAAGUGCUCCCCGGCCCAGGUGGGAGCAUGGGGCUAAAGAAUGGGGCCGGAAAUGGUGCCAAGGGGAAGGGGAAGAGAGAGAGAAGCAUUUCGGCAGACUCCUUUGAACAGAGGGAAGCCGGGACUCCUAAUGACGACCCUGAAAUCAAAGACUGCAAUUCUGCCGAUCACGUGAAGUCCCAGGAUUCUCAGCACACCCCACACUCCAUGACUCCUUCAAAUGCUUCAGCCCCGAGGUCUUCCACACCUUCCCAUGGCCUGACUGCUACUUUGGAGCCAGCAAGUGGCCAGAAGACUCCAUCCAAAGUGGUUUACGUCUUUUCUACUGAGAUGGCCAACAAGGCUGCAGAAGCCGUGCUGAAGGGACAGGUGGAAACCAUCGUGUCCUUUCAUAUCCAGAACAUCUCAAACAGCAAGGCGGAACGAAACACUGUACCCUUGAACCCCCAGAUCUCUGCACUUCGGACUGAACCCAAGCCCCUGCCGCAGCCUCAGCCCCCCGCCGCCCAGGACCAGAACCCUCCCCAGAACGCCAAAAUGCAGCCGACUCCACCCGUGUCAGCACCGGUGUCCAAACCCACUGGUCCCCCGUGUCCCAUAGAUCAGGACAGCCCCAGCGUGGAAAGCAAAGUGAUGUCGGUGGGCAGCCCCGCCAACUCCACCCCACUGCAGACGGAAGGAUUCGGGCAGAGUUCGACCCCCAACAACCGCGCAGUGAGCCCGGUGUCCCAAGGUAGCAAUAGCUCUGCUGCAGACCCCAAAGGUCCUCCCCAGCCGGUGUCUGGUGGGGACCCGUCCAGUCUGGGCGAGAAUCCGGACGGGCUGUCACAGGAGCAGCUGGAGCACCGGGAGCGCUCCUUGCAGACCCUGAGAGACAUUCAGCGCAUGCUCUUCCCCGACGAGAAGGAGUUUGCGGGAGGGCAGAGCGGGGGGCCGCCCCCCAACUCUGGGGUGCUGGAUGGUCCCCAAAAGAAACCCGAAGGGCCGAUACAGGCCAUGAUGGCUCAAUCCCAAAGUUUAGGCAAAGGGUCAGGGUCUCGGACAGAUGGAGGGGCUCCGUUUGGCCCUCAAGGACACAGGGACAUGCCCUUUUCCCCAGACGAAAUGGGGCCGCCACCAAUGAACUCCCAGUCGGGACCCAUCGGCCCCGACCACCUGGACCACAUGACUCCCGAGCAGGUGGCCUGGCUCAAGCUGCAGCAGGAGUUUUACGAGGAGAAGAGGAGGAAGCAAGAGCAGGUGGUCGUGCAGCAGUGUUCCCUGCAGGACAUGAUGGUCCACCAGCACGGGCCUCGCAGCGUCGUGCGAGGCCCUCCCCCCCCCUACCAGAUGACCCCAGGGGAAGGCUGGGGGCCCGGGGGUCCCGAGCCCUUCCCCGAGGGCAUGAACAUGUCCCACUCGCUGCCCCCCAGGGGCAUGGCCCCUCAUCCCAACAUGCCCGGGAGCCAGAUGCGCCUGCCCGGUUUCGCGGGAAUGAUGAACCCUGACAUGGAGGGCCCCAACGUCCCAAAUCCCGCCUCCCGGCCGGGGCUUUCAGGGGUCAGUUGGCCAGACGACGUGCCAAAAAUCCCAGACGGCCGCAACUUCCCUCCCGGCCAGGGCGUCUUCAGCGGCCCCGGCCGAGGGGAGCGGUUCCCCAACCCGCAGGGCCUGCCUGAAGAGAUCUAUCAGCAGCAGCUGGCUGAGAAGCAGAUGGGCCUCCCCCCGGGCCUCAACAUGGAGGGCAUCCGGCCUGGCAUGGAGAUCAACAGGAUGAUUCCCUCCCAGAGACACAUGGAGCCCGGGAAUAACCCCAUCUUCCCGCGCAUGCCGGUGGAAGGGCCGAUGAGCCCCUCCCGGGGGGACUUCCCCAAAGGAAUCCCCCCCCAGAUGGGCUCCAGCAGGGAGCUGGAGUUCGGGAUGGGCCCCGGCGGCAUGAAGGGGGACAUGGGCAUGAACGUCAGCAUGGGCUCCAACCCACCCCUGGUACCUCAGAAGCUGAGGGAGGCGGGAGUCGGGCCGGAAGAGAUGAUGAAGCUGCGGCCCGGCGUCUCGGAGAUGCUCUCCUCCCAGCAGAAGAUGGUGCCGUUGCCGUUCGGGGAGCACCCGCAGCAGGAGUAUGGCAUGGGUCCCAGGCCUUUCCUUCCCAUGUCUCAGGGCCCAGGAGUUGGCCUCCGAAAUCUCAGAGAACAGAUGGGGCCUGACCAAAGGACUAACAACCGGCUCAGCCACAUGCCGCCACUACCUCUCAACCCCACCAGUAACCCCAACAGCCUCAACACUGCUCCCCCCGCACAGCGCAGCCUGGGCCGCAAGCCCCUGGAUAUCUCCGCAGCCGGUCAGGUGCAUUCUCCGGGGAUCAACCCCCUGAAGUCUCCCACCAUGCGCCAGGUGCAGUCUCCCAUGAUGGGGUCUCCCUCGGGGAACCUCAAGUCCCCCCAGACGCCCUCCCAGCUGGCAGGGAUGCUCGCGGGCCCCACUGCCGCAGCUGCCGCUGCCUCCAUUAAGUCCCCCCCGGUCUUGGGGUCUGCUGCUGCUUCUCCUGUCCACCUCAAGUCUCCGUCUCUCCCCGCACCUUCUCCGGGAUGGACUUCGUCUCCAAAGCCUCCUUUGCAGAGCCCCGGGAUUCCCCCGAACCACAAGGCGUCUCUCACCAUGUCGUCUCCGGCCAUGCUGGGGAACGUGGAGUCGGGUGGUCCACCUCCUUCCACAGUCAGCCAGUCUGCUCCUGCGACUCUCCCUGGAAAUCUUCCCUCUAGCAGCCCUUACACAAUGCCUCCGGAGCCAACCCUCUCCCAGAACCCUCUGUCCAUCAUGAUGUCCAGGAUGUCCAAAUUUGCCAUGCCCAGCUCGACACCGCUCUAUCAUGAUGCCAUCAAAACCGUGGCCAGCUCAGAUGAUGACUCCCCUCCGGCACGCUCCCCAAAUUUGCCACCUAUGAACAGUGUACCAGGAAUGGGCAUUAAUUCUCAGAAUCCUCGAAUUUCAGGUCCAAACCCAGUGGGUCCAAUGCCAACCCUUAGCCCAAUGGGAAUGACCCAGCCUCUUUCCCACAACAACCAGAUGCCCUCUCCAAAUGCUAUGGGACCCAAUAUACCUCCUCACGGGGUCCCCGUGGGACCCGGCCUGAUGUCACACAACCCGAUGAUGGGGCACGGUUCCCAAGAGUCUCCAAUGGUACCUCAAGGACGCCUGGGCUUCCCGCAGGGGUUCCCUCCCGUACAGUCCCCUCCACAGCAGGUGCCAUUUCCCCACAACGGGCCGAGCGGCGGGCAAGGCAACUUCCCGGCGGGAAUGGGCUUCCACGGAGAAGGACCUCUGGGGCGUCCUACCAACCUGCCCCAAAGCUCGACAGAUCCAGCACUUUGCAAGACUGGAGGCCCUGGCGGUCCGGACUCCUUCACUGUUCUUGGAAACAACAUGCCUUCGGUUUUCACCGAUCCGGAGCUGCAGGAGGUGAUCCGUCCCGGAGCCACGGGAAUACCCGAGUUCGACCUCUCCCGGAUUAUCCCGUCGGAGAAGCCGAGCCAGACACUACAGUAUUUCCCUCGCGGGGAGGUGCCGGGCCGCAAGCAACCGCAGGGGCCCGGGCCCGGCUUCUCCCACAUGCAGGGGAUGAUCGGAGAGCAGACCCCGCGGAUGGGACUAACAUUGCCUGGCAUGGGGGGCCCCGGGCCGGUGGGGACUCCGGAGAUCCCUCUCGGGACGGCCCCGUCCAUGCCGGGCCACAACCCGAUGAGACCGCCGGCCUUCCUGCAGCAGGGCAUGAUGGGGCCGCACCACCGCAUGAUGGCACCAGCACAGACGGCGAUGCCCGGGCAGCCCGCGCUCAUGAGCAACCCCGUGGCCGCCGUGGGCAUGAUCCCGGGCAAGGACCGAGCCCCCGCGGGGCUGUACAGCCACCCGGGCCCCGUCGGGUCGCCCGGCAUGAUGAUGUCAAUGCAGGGCAUGAUGGGACCCCAACAGAACAUCAUGAUUCCCCCCCAGAUGAGGCCCCGAGGCAUGGCUGCUGACGUGGGCAUGGGAGGAUUUAGCCAAGGCCCUGGGAACCCAGGGAACAUGAUGUUUUAAGCUGCUACCGUAAGACUGGAUGUUCUGAUCCUUGUGAAGAUGAGAUUCCGAGUCCUGAGGGCUUUUUUGGGAGCUUCAGGAGUACAGUUUGGCCAUGCAAUAGGUGAAAAGAGACCAGAGGACGCUUUGGGAAAUCUCGAAUGUAUGGAAUUACCUGAAAAAAAAAAUUAUUCAUUUUAACAGGUUGUUUUUUUUUAAGAUUUAUUUUUUAAAAAUUAUUUUUGUGGACUUGGGUAUCCCGUGAUGGCACCUGCUUUGAGAAUCUGUAGCUGUAUUUUGAGAAUUGCCAUUUGUCACAAGUUGCACCAUUCUCUGUAUGUUUACGUCCUUCGGACUGGCUUCUCCCAGGACUCUCGGUUAUUUUUGGGGUUUUUUGUGUACUGUACUAUAUUGUAAAAGGGAUUUUAGCAGAGACUUUAGUCUUUGGGGUGAGAGGAGAAUGGGAUUCUAGGCUGUUUACUUUAGGUGGAGAAUCCAUCUUCAGAACUUCGGACUAUUUUCCUUCAACUCCAAUGUAUAGAAAAACCAAACUACGACCUCAGAGCAGAGUAUUAAUGAAAAGCACAAAAAGGAACUUAAGUUCAGUGAGGGGAAUCUUUUAAAAGAAAUAAAUAAUAAGUUAAGGACAUAUUUUUCAAAUUAUGGCGUGCUGUCCAGCACCUUCUGUCUCUCCCUCCCACUCUUUAUUAAAUAGGCUUCUCUCUCUCUCCGUCCCCCUUCUGUCUCCUCCUAUGGCAGCUGCAAUACAUUGUGUUAUUUUGGGGGGUAAACCUAGGAGCGCCUCUCCUCCUGUGGGGACUCUUCCCACUUUUAGGAAGGGGCUGGACUUGGACACUGUUACAUUCUACAGUAGUCUCUCUCACUGUUUCCUAUUCUCCUUUUCUUAGAAACCCCAAGUGAUUUUAUUAAUGUGGGAGUGGAACAGACACUAAAAGUUAUCCAGGAUUUUUUUUGUGGUUAUUUUUUUUUCCUCCCCAGCGUAAAACGUUCUGUGUAACCUCCAUUAAAUUUGGUACAAAACCACUCGCCAGGGCUGUGGUGUCAGAAAAAUAAAAUAUAUUGUUUCUUACAAAGA